CUUUUUCCCCUCACCACCAAAAACAGCUCUUGAAUUGUCCACGAAUAUUUCUGUUGUUUGAGGUAAUUCAGCUGCCGUUACUGGCUAUUACUCGUUCAUACACGGUUUCCACUUGCUUAUGAAGCUUGGUGAUCCGCUCUAACUUCUUUGCUUUUACAAAUUUGCAACGCCACUACGGUCACCUAAAGUCAACAACACUUCGGGUGAAGCAAACUAUCCCACUCCCAUCAUUCCACAUUCAAAUAGCUUCAAAAUUUGUUAGAUUGUUCUCUUUAGAGGCUUUUUGUUCCCAUGUCUAUUGGUCAAAGUAUAGAGGAUCCAAUCGUUCGGGCAAUUCGCCAGAAAAGCCGUCCUCCAAAACACGACUUCACGGUGGUUGUAAAGGAAGACGGUACGACGGUUAGUACUUUGGAUCGUGUUGUUAAAAAUGUACAAGCACCUGCGACCUCUAUUCCCACAGACGAAGAGUUUUUCGACAAAAACGACCCGGAGAAACCCAAUUUAGCCUUUUUAAAGAACCAUUUCAUCCGUGAAGGACGUCUUUCCGAGGAACAAACGCUAUACAUUAUUCAGAAAGGUACCGAGAUUCUUCGAAAAGAGCCCAAUGUUUUGGAAAUUGAUGCCCCGGUUACUGUUUGCGGUGAUAUACAUGGUCAGUAUUACGAUUUAAUGAAGUUAUUUGAGGUCGGCGGAAACCCAUCUACCACACAAUAUCUUUUCCUCGGAGACUACGUUGAUCGGGGUUAUUUCUCUAUCGAAUGUGUCUUAUAUCUUUGGUCUUUAAAGAUCUGGUAUCCUACGUCUUUUUGGCUUCUCAGAGGCAACCAUGAGUGCCGGCAUUUGACCGAUUACUUUACGUUCAAACUUGAGUGCAAUCAUAAGUACAAUGAGAAGGUGUACGAAGCCUGUAUUGACUCCUUUUGCGCUCUGCCCCUUGCUGCCGUAAUGAACAACCAAUUCUUCUGUGUUCAUGGUGGCUUAUCACCCGAACUGCACACGAUCAACGAUGUCAACGAAAUCAACAGAUUCCGCGAACCGCCCACACACGGGCUUAUGUGCGAUUUAUUGUGGUCAGAUCCCGUUGAAGACUUUGGCUCCGAGGGACAUUCCAAACACUUCACACAUAACCACGUACGUGGCUGUUCUUACUACUAUACAUAUGCGGCAGCAUGCAGUUUCCUUGAACAGAAUAACCUCUUAUCCGUUAUUCGUGCCCACGAAGCUCAGGAUGUUGGCUAUCGUAUGUACCGCAAGACCAAAACCACUGGAUUUCCUUCCCUCAUGACAAUUUUUUCUGCCCCCAACUAUCUUGAUGUAUACAACAAUAAGGCUGCUGUUUUAAAGUAUGAGAACAACAUUAUGAAUAUCCGUCAGUUCAAUUGUUCUCCUCAUCCAUAUUGGCUUCCCAACUUCAUGGACGUUUUUACCUGGAGUUUACCAUUCGUCGGUGAGAAGAUUACGGAAAUGGUAAUCUCUAUGCUUAAUAUCUGUUCUAAGGAAGAAUUGUAUGAUUCCGAUGGCUCAUGUACAGUUGCCCGUCCUGUCAAGACAGCUGUCGAUCCUGAAGUGGAAGCACGUAGACAGAUCAUUAAAAACAAGAUCAUGGCUAUUGGAAGAAUAUCUCGUGUGUUCAGCGUUCUGCGUGAGGAGCGUGAGAGUGUCUCUGAGUUGAAAACGCUUACGGGACAACAGCGUUUGCCGGCCGGUACCCUGAUGCUAGGUGCUGAAGGCAUUAAGAACGCCAUUAGUUCUUUCGAUGAUGCACGUAAAUCUGAUUUACAGAACGAGAGGCUUCCUCCGCAAGGAAGUCGUCACUCAAUGGACGUUCCACCUCACGAAGAGCUGGACAAAGUUCUCUCUUCUGAUGACGGCGACGACCCAUCCAUUGAAAAACUGGCAGAACGUUUAUCUAUGUAGGUUUCAUUACUUUUACUUCGUUGAAUCUUCGCCAGCCGCUUUACGCUGCAAGCUUGUUUCAUGCACGAAACCAAUCAAAUUUCUUCACUGCGUUUUUCCUCUUUCAGUAAGUUUUUACUGCAUUAAAACUCGACUAAAGACGUGGCUCGAGCUAAAUUCCUUUUAGCAUACGAAUUAGGGAAGUUGAAGGACGACAUAUUAUGCCCGUCCUUCCACUGAAGCUAUCUGAGCUGCAGUUACAGACUACUAAACGCUUUAAACUGAUCGCACUCGUUUUGACCAAAAGCACUUAUUACUAUUAUGCUUACACGUUAGCCCUUUGGGAAUAUACAAUCUACAAAUCAAUCUGAUUCCGCCAUAGAUUGACAUAUCCUUUAAAUUAAACCAUGUUUUCCAGACAACAUUUUGGAUUGGUGCUUGUAAAAGAAAAACAUGUAUUUGUUCUACACAUUUGUAAGGUUAACAAAGCUGAAUGGUCGCCAGACCAAAUCAG